UGAAGCGAACAAGUGGCUGCAAUGUUUGUAAUAAUUUCGCUGACUAUAUUUGUUGUCUUAUUGCUGCAAUAUGUGCGACGUCGCUAUAGCUAUUGGCAGCGCUUGGGUGUGGCCUGCGAGCCAGCUGCAAUACCCUUUGGCAUACUCGAUGCAGUGGUGAAGCGUAAACAAAGCUUUGGCGUUGCACUGCGUCAAGUGUAUGAGAAACAUAGCGCCAAAGUUGUGGGCAUUUAUAUGGUUGGCACGCCUACGCUGCUGGUGCGUGAUGCAGAACUGGCGCAGCAGCUAAUGACAAAGGACUUUGCCAGUUUUCAUGAUCGUGGCGUCUAUGUGGAUGAGCAGCAUGAUCCGCUUUCAUCGAAUUUAUUUAAUUUGCAAGGCGCCGCUUGGCGCAAUCUACGCAACAAACUGACGCCCUCAUUCUCCUCGGGCAAAAUCAAGGGCAUGUUUGGCACCAUUGACGACGUGGGCGAUAAGCUGGUGCAGCAUUUGUUGCAGCAGUUGGAGCUGGCGCCUCAAGCAGAGAUUGACAUCAAAGAAAAGCUGACUACCUAUGCUGUGGACAUAAUUGGCUCGGUCAUCUUUGGCCUGGAGGUGGAUAGCUUCAGUCAGCCGCAUAACGAGUUCCGUGCCAUUAGUGAGCAGCUCUUAAACGAGCCUGGCUGGCUGCUAAAGCUGCACAACAUUUCCACAUUUAUAUGCCCAGCCCUUGCCAAGCUGCUGAAUCGUUUGGGCUAUAAGAAUCCUGUACUGACCCAACUGCAGGAUAUGAUGCAACGCACCAUAGACUUUCGAGAGCGCCACAAUGUGGUACGCAAGGAUCUGUUGCAGCUUCUAAUACGUUUGCGUCAAACAGGCAAAAUUGGCGAAGAGGACGACGAAAUGUGGGAUAUAGAAACGGCACAAGAGUCGCUCAAGGAAAUGUCUAUAGAAAAGAUAACUGCGCAGGCAUUUCUCUUUUACAUAGCAGGCUCAGAGACUACAGCCUCCGCUGCUGCUUUCACGCUCUACGAGCUGGCCAUGUAUCCGGAACUGUUGCAGGAAGCGCAAGCGGAAGUGGAUGCCAUGCUAAAGCGCCAUCAGCUGCACCCACAGGACAAACUGAACUACGAGGCAGUGCAGGAACUUAAGUUUCUGGAUCAAUGCAUUAUGGAAACCAUACGCAAGUAUCCUGGCUUGCCUUUUCUCAAUCGCGAAUGCACUGCGGACUUUGAGCUGCCCGAUGGCAGUUUGACUAUUAAACAAGGCACGCCCAUUUUAAUCUCACUCUUUGGCAUACAGCGGGAUGAAAGUUAUUUUCCCAAUGCUGAGGGCUACGAUCCACAUCGCUUUGAUGCUGACAAACAGAACUACAACCAAACAGCUUAUAUGCCCUUUGGUGAGGGUCCUAGACACUGCAUAGCGCUGCGCAUGGGCAAGGUCAGCACUAAGGCUGUUUUGGCCAAAGUGUUGGCCAACUUUGACUUGCUGCAGCUGCCACACAAGGAGCUGACAUUUGGUUUUGAUCCUGCGCCAGUGCUUAUACCAGUAGGCGGCCUCAAGCUGCGUCUAAAAAAGCGCUAGAAGUAAAAUAAACAAAAGUGAUAAUUUGAGCAAAACUUUAGCCGCAUUGCUCUCAUGAUGAAAAUUAAUUGCUUAACAUAAAAAAUUAAUCUAAAUAACAAAUGUAGAGCUAAUUUUAU